AUGGCGGGGUUGUCGCAGAAUGAAGCCUGUCGAUCCUGUCAGCAUCAGGAGGACUCUGGAGCAAGACCUCCGCCGUGGAAGGUCGAGUUUCGCUCCUCAAAGGGUUUCGUCACCUGGGUUGUGGCGAUUGCUGUCUUUACGGAUGUGUUUAUAUAUGGCAUGAUCAUCCCUAUUCUGCCUGAAGUGCUCAAAACUCGGAUAGUCGUCCCAGCAGAUGAACUACAAAAAUGGAUGUCGAUCCUCCUCGCAGCCUACGGUGGCGCCCUCUUCGUUGGCUCGCCUGUGUUCGGUUACUACGCUGAUAGAAGCUCCUCCCGCCGAGCGCCCUUUCUGAUCGGUCUCCUAGCACUAGGCGGGUCAACGGUGAUGUUCUGGUUUGCGCAGUCAGCAACCGCUCUGGUCAUUGCGCGCACGCUCCAGGGGCUGUCCGCUGCUGUUGUCUGGACUGUCAGCAUGGCGCUGAUCGUGGAUACAGUGGGUAAGGAUCAGGUUGGGGCGGCAAUGGGCUUUGUCUCCAUGGCUAUGACGGUUGGUACUGUUUCGGGGCCCUUUAUUGGAGGACUUGUCUUGUCGAAAGCAGGAUACCAUGCUGUGUUUAGCAUAGCUAUUGCACUUAUUCUCCUGGAUAUUGCUCUUCGUUUGGUGAUGAUUGAGAGGAAGAAUGCUUUGGAAUGGCUACAGGAUCAGCCUGCAUCUGUUGAAGAAACUGAGAGGCUUCUAGAACCGGUCGCGCCGGGCGACUCUUUGCAUAAAUAUGCUGCAAUACCACGAGAGGCGGAGCAAAGUGCCUCAGAGGGUGGAAAGGUCGCAGAUGAUGGCCUUGAGGAGUCUUCCCCCAGUGAGACUAAGGCGAAGAAGAGAUCUGUGCCAGGUAUAGUGCGCUUAUUGUGCUCCGGUGCGCUACUCGUCGUCCUGGCCGCCGCUGUUCUACAGGCCGUCGCGUACUCCUCUUUUGACACGGUCCUCCCCCUCUACGUGAUGUCCACGUUCAAAAUGGGCCCCAUGGGCAUCGGCCUCUGCUUCAUCCCUCUCUUCACCCCGUCCUUCUUCUCCACCCUAAUCGGCUCCGCUGUCGACCACUACGGCAGCCGCAGAAUCACGCUCCUCGCCUUCCUCAUCGACGUCCCCUACUUCCUCCUCCUCCAGCUCGUCGCGGAAAACACAGCCCACGACAAAAUACUCCUGUACAUACUCCUCUUCUUUGCAGGGCUCGCCGCCGCCCUGAAGACCGUUGCCCUCAUGGUUGAGGUCAACCACGUCGUCGGGGAGAAGGAGAAGGAAUGCCCUGGGAUUUUCGGUGAGCAGGGCGGGACGGCGCAGGCGUAUGGGCUGUAUAAUGUGGCUUGGUCGGGGGGGCAGGUGCUGGGACCGCUGGUGGCGGGGUGGUUGGUUGAAUGGAAGGGUUGGGCGACUAUGGUUAGUGUGUUUGGGAUUGUCAGCGGUGGGAUGGCGGUUGUUUUGGCUGUUACGUCAAAGGAUGUGGUGAGGCUGGUUGGUCGGGGUAGGCUGGGGAUGCAAGGGUGA